AUAUUUUAUAUAGUGCCUUUCUCAACCUCAAGGUCAAAACAAACGAACAAAAAAAACAGAAUCAGAAAUAACAGAAAUGUUAUAAAACAGGACAAAUAAAGGAAAAAUAAAGAUCACAUACAUAAACCUGAAAUAACUGUUAUUUGAUAGAAUAAACACAAAUUAUAGUGAUAAAAUAAAGCAUGAAUAAACAUCAGAAUCGACAUAAUUGAGGAUAAAGAUUAAGGAUCGAGAUAGAGAUAGAGCCUCAUUUUUGUUGGACAGUAGCCAAAAGUUUGCAAAGAUAAGCUUCUGGUGAACAAUCUGUCAGGACUGGUAGAUGAGGUGGGGUCUAAAGCAUGCAAUAUAUAGCAUGAAACGUCCCGGAUUUCCUGGUUACAGCAGCCUUUUCUAGUAAACUGAAACUUAUACCAACCUACACAAGCACACCACUGUACUCUGCAGUCAGUCUGUGGCUAUUCUGCACUGCAUCACAAUGUCCUGCCAGCAUCCUUACCUGAAACCGAAACUCCCGUUUACGGGCUGUAUCCAAGGAGGCCUGUUUGAAGGGAAGACCGUCACCGUGACAGGACGAGUCCUGGCAGGAGCAGAGAGGUUUUGUGUGAAUUUGCAAUGUGGCACCAAGGCAUCGAGUGAUAUCGCCCUCCAUUUCAACCCACGCUACGUCGGUAACUCGGGUCAUGUGGUGUGUAACACACUACAGAAAUCCUGCUGGGGUUCAGAGCAACGGACCAACCACACCCCACUUCCCAGAGGCUCCGACUUCACCAUCACCUUCCUGGUCAACCGAGACUCCUAUUCGGUGAUCGUAAAUGGAGCCCAUUUCCUGGAGUACUUGCACCGUCUGCCUGUCUCCCGUGUGAAUGCGAUCUCUGUGGACGGAGGUGUAGAUAUCACGUCCAUCACUUUCCAAAACCCGGCUACCUCGUGGGUGGCACAACCCAGCUUUGCACACACGGUGAAGUCUUCUUACGCUUCCCCAGGUGUAUGUGCUACACCUCCUCCGUACAGUCCUCCAUGUGCUUAUGUGCUGCCAUAUAAAACCAUUAUCCAGGGUGGACUUUACCCGGGCAGAGCCAUCACCGUGCAGGGCUGUAUCAACCACAACGCUGACAGGUUCUGCAUCAACCUGCGUUAUAACUCCGGCAUUGCUUUCCACUUCAACCCGCGUUUCAACGAGAACGUAGUGGUGCGCAACAGCCUGAUGAAGGAGUGCUGGGGUCAUGAGGAGAGAAGCGGUGGCAUGCCCUUCUACAGAGGCCAGCAGUUUACGGUGAACAUCACAUGUGACACUCAGUGCUACAGGAUCACGGUGAACGGCAUACAAAUGUUCACCUACAACCACCGUCACUUCCUGCUUCAGCAGAUCGACAUCCUGGAGGUUGAGGGAAACAUCAGUGUCAGUUCUGUCACAGUUUAAGGGCAGAUGGAGGUCAUGGGAAAGGCUUUAAUGGGAGAAGCUGCUGUCCGCUCACACUAAUCAGUUUAUUUUAGAGUUUAAAUUAGAAACUGAUUAUUAUUUACAUUAUUGUUUUUAGGGUACAGUUACAGAAAUCUUAACGGGAAUUCAACUGUAAUAACCGAUUUUAAAAUCAAAUUGGGAUUGUACUGGCUUCUCUAUAUAUCAUAUUUUAAAAAAUGGAAUUUACAGAAGUUUUUUAUACAAUUUUAUAAUUUUAUACGAUGGCACUGUAACACAUCAAACACUUUGCUUAAGUGCAAAACAAAUGCUAGACAUUAACACUACACUCUUUGUACACGGUUUGAAAAUUUGACAACACAUAAUGUUUUAUCUUAAUUUUUCCCUCUAAUUCUAGUUUAUACAUAUUUCUCAGAGCUUGUUAACAUAAUAAAAAGCACAGUGGAGGUGGCAAAACCUAAAUAAAAAAAACAAUAACUACAACCAAACCGAAAACGUUUAUUUUUAGGUCAAAAAUGAUGCAAUUUAUUGAAUUUUGAUGGAAACGAUUUGCUACAAAAUCAAGAUUUACACCCAGUUCCACUUAAUACACAGUGCUGAUUAGGAGAAAAUAUCUCAGAAAUGACCUGUAACCUUGUGUCUUAAGAUAUGUGGCCCAAACGCUUUAAUUGAAACAUACCUACAUAUGAGGUUUAUAACACAUUCAUAAGCAAUAUGUAAAUCUUUUAUAAAGCAAUGCUGGAGAAUUUUAUAAAAAGCUCAUGGUAAAACUCGUUCGUAAUGAUAGUGUGUGUAUCAUGUGAACUGCGUGGAACUGAAGUGGAAUAAAUUGUUACUGCAACUUAAUAGCUCAUUAUUUCAAGAUAUUAUCUCAUUAUUUUGACUUAACACCUCAUUAUUUCCACUUAUUUCAAGAUGUUGUGUUGUUAUUUCAAGUUAUAUCAUUAUUUUGACUUAAUCACUUAUUGUUUUGAUUUAUUAACUCUUUAUUGCAAGAUAUUUCAUUAUUUUGACUUAAUAACUCGUUGUUUCAAGAUAUUAUGCCAUUAUUUCUUCUUAAUGUCUCAUAAUUUCAACCUAAUAACUUGUUAUUUCAAGAUCUAUUGAGUCAUUAUUUCAAGUUAAACUUGUUAUUCUGCUUUUUAACUUAACAGUAACUUGUUAUUUUAAGGUAUUAUGCCAUUAUUUAGACUUAGUAACUUCCUGUUUGAAUAUAUCAUGUCAUUAUUCAACUUAGUAAAUCAUUAUUUCCACUUAAUAACUUGUUAUUUCAAGAUAUCAUGUUGUUAUUUCAAGCUAAAGACACAAUAAUUUUUUUUUUAUUUAAUAGCUUGAUAUUACAAAAUCUUUCAUUUUUUCAACUUAAUAACUCCUUAUUUCAUUAUCUUGUUAUUUUGACAUAUUCAUAAUAUCUUGUUAUUUCAACUUCUAAAGACUGUCAGUAAGACUCAUGUAUUGAAUAUUAGCUUAUAAUUCUUAGCAAUUUAUUUUCUCCAGCUUGUGGUUCAGGGCUUUUAUAAUUCUUGGUCCCAGAUCCUUUUAAAGUUAUGCCUGUGUGAAUAUUCAGUGCUACUUGGACAAAACCCUUUUUUUUUUUUUUUUUUUUUUUAAACUUGUUAAGGUAAUGUUUCAUGAGUGGUAAAGGCCCAAUGAAACAAGAGCUGAUAUAUUAAUAAUGAAUUAAUAAUAAAAGAAGCUUUGCUCGA